AUGAGGAGCGGAGACAGUUGCAUCCGAGUAGUAGCUAGGAAAAGCUUCGGAUAGGUAUUGUUCACUGAUCGAACAGCAGUUUCCGGUGCCAGCAUGGUUAAGCAAAAGGUGGUGAUGAAGCUGUCGAUGGAGGAUAGCAAGAAGCGCUCCAAAGCUCUAAAGGCUGCCGUCGGAUUGCCUGCACUCGAAGGUGACAGAAUGGUGGUCGUGGGAGAUGGGGUUGACUCGGUUACGCUGACCAUGGUACUCAGGAGGAAGAUGGCCUAUGGGGAGCUGGUCAUCGUCGGGUCAGCGGAAGAGAAGAAGAAGGACGAAGCAGCGGCGUCCGGCAAUAGUUGGCCGUAUCAAUACUGCCCGGCGCAACCAUAUGUCUACGAGAUUCGGCAGGAGGCGAAUCACGACCCUUGUAGCGUCAUGUAGACAUCUGUCUCCGUACCAACGUCGUCCGACUCCUCCAGUGUCAACGGCUUCUUCUCGGGUUGCCUACGGUUGGAGCCGAGAGCGAAUGGGGAACAUAUGUAAUAGGACUCGAAAUGGACAGACUUGGAAGUUAGCUUCUUCUGUGCUGCGUUAGAUUAAUUGUAUUACAGAGUUAGCAGCUUUGGCUGCGCCGUCCGGAAAUUGUGUUCGAUCGAUGAA